UGUGGGAGAUUUUGUUGGCUGGACAAGCUAGUGGAGUUGGUUGUGGAUUUUUGUGUGCUGUAUUGUUCAACAUCCACUCAGUUCUUGCAGCUGAGAGUUGCUGCACUCAUGGCUGCUGGAUUCUUAAUACUGAGUAUAUAUCUGUUUUACCUGCUGAAUGAAGUAAGCUUCUCUUGGGCCAAGUACAGAGUUCCAAGCUUGGGACCUCUACAACGGCAACAAUCAAAUGUCUACUCUUCAGACUUUACACCUCUUAGCUGUGAGGGAUACAAUCCCUUUAAUCUACCACAGCAUUGCCAUAAAUCUAAUCCACCUCAGCCAAAUGCUUGUCUGGGACCGUAUCCCCCAAGUAGCUGUCAUGGACCCCAGUUACCAAGACCACAGCUCCCAAAGGAUCCUUGUGUAGGGCCUAACCCCCCAAGUAGUUGUCAUAGACGCCAGUGGCCAAGACCGCAGCUCCCACAGGAUCCUUGUCUAGGGCCCUAUCCCCCAAGCAGCUGUCAUGGACCCCAGUUACCAAGACCGCAGCUCCCAAAGGAUCCUUGUGUAGGGCCUAACCCCCCAAGUAGUUGUCAUAGACACCAGUGGCCAAGACCGCAGCUCCCACAGGAUCCUUGUCUAGGGCCCUAUCCCCCAAGAAGCUGUCAUGGACCCCAGUUACCAAGACCACAGCUGCCAAAGGAUCCUUGUGUAGGUCCUAAUCCCCCAAGAAGCUGUCAUGGACCCCAGUUACCAAGACCACAGCUGCCAAAGGAUCCUUGUGUAGGUCCUAAUCCCCCAAGAAGCUGUCAUGGACCCCAGUUACCAAGACCACAGCUCCCAAGGGAUCCUUGUGUAGGGCCUAACCCCCCAAGUAGUUGUCUUGGACCCCAGUUACCAAGACCACAGCUCCCACAGGAUCCUUGUCUAGGGCCUAAUCCCCCAAGAAGCUGUCAUGGACCCCAGUUACCAAGACCACAGCUGCCAAAGGAUCCUUGUGUAGGUCCUAAUCCUCCAAGAAGCUGUCAUGCACCCCAGUUACCAAGACCACAGCUGCCAAAGGAUCCUUGUGUAGGUCCUAAUCCUCCAAGAAGCUGUCAUGGACCCCAGUUACCAAGACCACAGCUGCCAAAGGAUCCUUGUGUAGGUCCUAAUCCCCCAAGAAGCUGUCAUGGACCCCAGUUACCAAGACCACAGCUCCCAAGGGAUCCUUGUGUAGGGCCUAACCCCCCAAGUAGUUGUCUUGGACCCCAGUUACCAAGACCACAGCUCCCACAGGAUCCUUGUCUAGGGCCUAAUCCCCCAAGAAGCUGUCAUGGACCCCAGUUACCAAGACCACAGCUGCCAAAGGAUCCUUGUGUAGGUCCUAAUCCCCCAAGUAGUUGUCUUGGACCCCAGUUACCAAGACCACAGCUCCCACAGAAUCCUUGUCUAGGACCCUAUCCCCCAAGCAGCUGUUGGGGACCCCAGUUGCAAAGACCUGUACCCCCUCAAAAUCCUUGUGUAGGGCCUACUCCCCCAAGUAGCUGUCAUGGACCCCAGUUUCCAAGACCCCUGCUCCCACAAGAUCCUUGUAUAGGGCCCUAUCCCUCAAGCAGCUGUCAUGGACCCCAGUGGCCAAGACCACAGCUCCCAAAGGAUCCUUGUGUAGGGCCUAAUCCCCCAAGUAGCUGUCAUGGACACGAGUGGCCAAGACCUCUGCCCCCACAGGAUCCUUGCUGGAAAGGCAAUUGCUUACAACCCAGUCACCGACCAUACUACCAUGGCCUCAGGGACCGCCCUCUAAGGCUUGGGCUACCUCAGAUUUUAGGUAAUGUGUUUGGACACAACAAACGACCUUCCAAAAAAAUGUUCAAAUAUUGAAGUUCACUGGAUGUCUUAUGGAAAGUCAUCCAGGAAAUAACUUCAACUGGAGUUCUUGUUGUUGAGAGAUGCCCUUCCUCCUAUUGACUUUAGGGUGAAGAUAUUUAUGGUGGCAACUACAUCGCUGUCUUAUUGAUUCAUCAAUAA